CCGCGGAGAGUCAGUGCCGUGAUUGCGACAGUCCCAGGCCUCGUCACUUUGGAUCGCCCAUCAUGCCCCCUUUCAAAGAUGAACACAUCUUGAUAAUUGCGCCAGGCUCGCAGGUCACCCUGGCGCAACUCGGCCUACCAGAAUCAUUCACACCUGCUCGGUUUCGCUUCCCCACACGGAUGUUCCCUGCCGAGAAGAAGGGUGAGUAUGAACCAUACAAGAUCCGCGAGCGUCGGCACGAGGUCCCAGUCGGCAAUGGUACCGAGGCGCCCAAGGAAGACGUGGAGAUGAAGGAUGCGGAUUCCACAACUCAACAAGACACGGUGAAAACGGAGGCCACGACCGAGCAGCCCGAGGCCUCUGCCAAUACAGAACAGAAGAACGAGGAAGCACAGUCGACCGACGGCCAGCCGACCGACCCCGCAGCAGAGAAACCUACGACAACAGAGAUCUACUACGAAGAGGACGUGACAUCGGAUGAAGGGGCGAUCUAUCCCAUCGAGAAUGGUCGCAUCGUUGACUGGUCAUGCUUCUUCGCCCUCCUCACCCAUGUCCACAACACCCUCAGUCCUCCUUUCCACACCCCUAUCAUGCUCAUCGCAGAACCGGCCUGGUCCGCACGGGACCGCGAGACGAUCACUCAAUUCGUCUUCGAGAAAUUUAAGACGCCCGCUUUCUGCAUGAUGGACUCUGCGCUCGCCGUCUGCUACGGCUACGGUACAUCAACAGCCACGGUGGUCGAUGUCGGGAAGGAUAAGGUCGAUGUUACGGCUGUUACGGAUUUCAUUGUCAGCGAGCACGGAAGAGGUCUCGCAUUAGAAGGCUGCGGUGGAGACUACAUGACGGACCGCCUGGUUGAACUCCUAGGAUCUAAGGGCUUCUCCAGGGAGAUGUGUGAGCAGCUAAAACGAAGCAACAUCACCGAGCUUCUCCCUCCCGGUACGCCACUACCCGGAACCGCUGCAACUGCGCGACAGGGCGUCAAUCCAGCCGCGUCUGCGUCCACAGGCGCAGAGAAUGGCAGCGCGAAUGAGACUGUUCCCCGCGGUCCGGGUGACGGCACCCAGACCGGAGCUGAGGGCAAUGGGGACGACGAGGAUGAGGGCGUUUUGGACGUCGCAGCUAUCGUUAGCGGCAACACCAGCGAGUUUCUCGCCAACCGGGAGAAGGAAAAGGCGGAGAAGGCUUCGACUAAGAAGGGCAGUACGGAUCAAAACGCAAAGCCUGUCCGUCUGCCCAAUUCGAAGAAAGAAAAGGCUACAUUCCAAUUCGAAGAAUAUGUACGGAUAGAGUCAGAAAAGGAGGCGACCAACGGCCCCGGUCGGUAUAUCCGCCAAACGCGAGAGAUUGAGGUCGGUGUGGAGCGGUUCCUGGCGGCAACGCCCAAGCAGAAUUCCGGUGAGCGUCUAACCAGCGGCCUCUUGGAGGACAUCGCAACCCAAAUUCACCAUACGAUCCUCGCUGUGCCGGAUGCCACCAAGCGGAGUGAGCUUUGGGAUUCAUUGAUUGUUGUUGGCAAUGGCAGCAAGAUCAAGGGAUUCACGGCAUCUCUGCUUGGUGCCAUCACCCAAAAAUACAUCCUCUCUCCAUCCGCCACUAUGUUCACCUCCGAAAUCCCUUCCAACUUCUCAACCCCUCUUCCGACAGGAGGAACCAACACUCCUGCCCCCUCUGGCCAGCCUGGUCCGAUGAACCACCCUGCUGGUCACGGUGUCAAUCCUCUCCUCGUCGCUGCCACACACUCCAACAACCCGGUGUCCUCCAGCAUGCCCCCCGGAACUCCAUUGAUGGAUCCCACAUCGAUGUCGCAUCACCACCGGUCCACAGGGCACUCCCAAACCCCGACUUCGGUCAAGACGCUGCGACCUCCGGAGUACUUUUCCGAAUGGAAAGAGCAAGCCAACACCAACGCACCCGGAGCAGCUGGUCCUGGCGGUCCCGGCGUGGCGAGUGGUGGCCACGGUAUGGAGGAGGCGGUCUUCCUUGGGGCCCAGGUCGCAUCCAAGGUCGUGUUCGUGCUCGACCAGGGCCUCAGCAAGGGCUUCAUGACCCGGGUAGAGUAUAACGAGAACGGCCCGUCCGCGAUUCAUGAUUAUGUCAUGUAAUAGCCCUAUGAAUUUGUCUCGGAAAGGGAAUUUUUUUUUACCUGAAAUACUCGAAUAAUUGUUUUUCACCGAGGGUUUUCUGUACCUUUACUACAUGACUAGCCUCUUCUCUUAAGAAAAUUAGAGAGAUAAAAAAAAG